AUGGCUCAAGCAGGAGGAGCUGCAUCUCUCGUAACCCAAGCGGUGCCCAUGCAAGCACCACAAAUGCCAGAACCCGGUUAUCCCUCAAAACUAACACUGGAACUCCGGGGGCAACGAUUCGAAAUAGAUCGUGAAAUGUUGAUGAGUCUUCCUGAGAGCAUCUUGAUUGUAAUGUUUCCGAACGGUCUGAUAUUAGGUAGAGGCGCAGGUCUUGACCCAUAUGAAGACGACGAAGAGGCCGGGGACGAUGCCUCAGACGAUUCGAUUUUGUUGGAAGACCAAACGAUAUAUGUAGACUUUGACCCGCAAUGUUUGGAAUAUAUCUUGAAUUUUUAUCGGAAAGCUCAGGAUGUUUUUUAUUCGAACCAGGGGAGUUCGAUGUCCACGUUUCCAUCUAAUCCUACGCAAAAUCCGUUGUUAAAUAAACAGGCGAUUAUUGUAUUGCGUGAAGAAUUGGACUAUUUCACCAUUCCACCCAAGAAAACAAGUAGUGAUAAUGUAGCAGCAGAUGGGUCAUCGACUACCACCACUGCAGCUACCACAUCCACAACAACAGUAACAGAAUCAACACUGACUUCUCUAUCCGUUAAUAAAUUGAAAAUAGAAUGUGGCGAGCACCUACUAAACCAACGAAAAAUAUUCACCGCGCUCCAGCGAAACGUCAAUAAAGAGAAUAAUGUUGCCGAGCAACAUUUAAUCGAUAUGCUUUGCGUGUCUGGAUUUUCGCGGGACGAUGAAUGGGGCUAUCGAAACAUUGAGCCGCUGAAAACUAGUAUUGUGAGUAUUGCCUUGGUAAUGUUGAAGACUACCGGGCAGAGUAAUCAGAUGGCUACCGCACAAAAGUUGUUAUUGUUUUGGAGGAAGCCGGCGAGAAAAUGCUGGUGGGAUGGAUUAGAAGUCAAUCUUGGUGUUGCUAAGAAUAUACCAGUCAGUCUUUGGUGUAGACGUACUUGGACUUUGGAAUUGGCUUUAGUUUAA